AAAAAGUCCUGUAAAUCCUUCAAGGGUAUGACAAAGGAAUUCAAGCGCCUUGGGCUAGCUGCUAUAGAACAUCACCCGUCCAUAGAAGAGAGUGAUAUUGAGAAGAUGUACUCGUAUUUUUGUAAAAAUCUGGAGGAUGCACAGCUUUUGCAGUAUAAGGUAUUUGUUGACAUCAUGCUGCACUUUGGUCGUAGAGGGAGGGAAAACCUGUCAAGUCUUACAAGAAAGCAUUUUGCAGUUAAACGUGGUGCAGAUGACAAAUUGUAUGUCUACAAAGUAAUUGAUGAGCAAACAAAAAACCACCAGUCAGACAGUGAAUUAUCCUCAGAUGGACGAAUGUAUGAAAUUACAGAUGGUGAAAGAUGUCCAGUGAAGUCUUUUGUGAAGUAUAUCAGGAGGUUGAAUCCUAAAUGUGUAAAAUUAUUUCAACAAGCAAGAUCAUACCCUAAAGAAGGAGUGUAUUAUGACAAUAUACCUCUAGGUCAUAAUAGACUUGGCCAAUUCAUGAAUGAAAUUAGCAAAAUGGCAAAUCUUUCUCACAUAUAUACCAAUCAUUCCUGCCGAGCAACAACUGUUCAUCUUCUUGACGAAGCGGAUAUUCCAAGCAGACAUAUAAUGACAGUUACGGGACACAAGUCAGAAACAUCUCUAAAAACUUACUCUGGAAAAACUUGUGAAAAAAAGAAACGGCAUAUGUCGGAAAUUUUAAGCUCAAAAACAUGUGGAAAGAAAUCAUGUAUAUCUAAUAUAGAUUUUCUUUGCUUGUCUCAAAGUACAAUUACAGUUGAAGCCAAUGAAGGGGUGGAAAAUAUUCCUGUUGAAUUGAGUGAUGCAAAUUUUGAUUUAGAGCUUUUAUCAAACUCACAGAAUGAAACUGUUAUGAAUGACAUUUUGCCUAAUAACCAAUUGGAUGAAAUUCUUACAGAAAUUGGUAAUGGUCCCUCAAAUACAAAUAUAAUGAAACCCGAGACAUUGAAGACAAAUCAAAAUUUUUUAAACCUACCACAACCAGAUAUGAGAAUGCCAUUUCUUAAUAACUGUAACAAUGUAACUGUUAAUAUAAAUUACAAUGUUCACCCAUAUGUGAACAACCCUGCAAAGGUAUAGCUUCAUAUACACAAUCUUUUUGUUGUAAAUUUCAUGUUACUUUAUCUGUUAAUUGUUAUAU